GGGCUGGAAUGGAGGUAUCUUUGGGGCUGGGGAUGGGGGGGCUAGAGUGGGGGGAGUGUCUGGCACCAGGAUAUGGGAGUAGGGUGGUGUCUCUGGCAUUGAGGGUCUGAGAAUGAGGAGGGGCUAGAACGGGGGUCUCCCCCGGUGCUGGAAGACUGGGAAUGGGAGGGCUAGAACUAUGGGGUCUCCCCAGGUACUGGGGGGCUGGAAUGGGGGGGUCUCCUCUGGGCACUGAGGGGCUGGGAAGGGGAGGCAGUAUAGGGGGUCUCCCCCAAUGCAGGUGGGCUGGAAAGGGGGUUUCUCUGGCGCUGGGGGGCUGGGAAUGGUUAAGGGGCUGGAACGCGGUGUCUCCCCCUGGUGCAGGGGGGCUGGGAAUGGGGGGAUUUCCCCUGGGUAGUGAGGGUCUGGGAAUGGGGAGGUCUCCCCUGGGCACGGGGGGUCUAGAAUAGGGGGGUCUCCCCCAGGGUUGCGGGGUGUCUGGCGCUGAGGGGCUAAAAUGGGGGAUCUCGCCCCUGGGCGCUGGGGGGGGGUCUCCCCAGCUGCUGGAGGACGGGGUGUGGGGCUCUCCCCCGGAGCCAGUGCAGGGCAGGGAGCGAGCUGGGGCUGGUGGGGCCGGGCCGGGGGCGGGGCGAAGCAGCCAGAGUCUCCCGGGCCCGGCCGCGCCCGGCUCAGCAUCGCCCGGAGCCGCCAUGGAGCCGGCAGCAUCGGAGGAGUGCAGGUACACGUAUGAGCAGCACAAGGAAACAGCCGACUGGCUGUUGGAUCACACCACGCACCGGCCCAGCUUGGCCAUUAUCUGUGGCUCUGGCCUCGGGGGCCUGGCUGACCAGGUGAAGGAUCCAGUGGUUUUUAACUACACGGAUAUUCCCAACUUCCCCCAGAGCACAGUGGUGGGCCAUGCGGGGAAGCUGGUGUUCGGGACGCUGGCGGGCGUAAGCUGUGUGGUGAUGAAGGGCCGGUUCCACAUGUAUGAGGGGUACCCGCUGUGGAAGGUGACGUUCCCGGUGCGGAUCUUCCAUCUGCUGGGUGCACGGACCCUGAUUGUCACCAACGCGGCCGGCGGCCUCAACCGCGGGUAUCAGGUGGGUGACAUCAUGGUGAUCCGGGACCAUAUCAACAUGCCUGGCCUGGCUGGCAUCAACCCACUGAGCGGCCCCUGUGAUGAGAGGUUCGGGCCCCGCUUCCCUGCCAUGUCAGAUGCCUACGAUGAGCAGCUGCGGGGCCUGGCGCUGGCAGUGGGCAAGGAGCUGGGCUAUGGCCCCAGCUUGCACGAGGGCGUCUACUGCACCUUGGGGGGGCCGAACUACGAGACCAUCGCUGAGUGCCGCUUCCUGCAGCAGCUGGGAGCCGACGCCGUAGGAAUGAGCACGGUGCCCGAGGUGCUUGUGGCCCGACACUGCGGCCUGCGCGUCUUCGGCUUCUCUCUGAUCACCAACAAGUCGGUGCUGGAGUACGGGACCCGGGAGAAAGCCAACCACGCCGAGGUGCUGGAGGCCGGGCGCCAGGCCGCUCUCAAGCUGGAGCGCCUGGUCUCUGUGCUGCUGGAGCGCAUGAAGGGCAAAGGUCUGGUGUAGCCAGCGGGGGGUUCCCUCCUCUGGCACCUGCCUCCAAUGCAAACUGCUGCCCUGCCCCCUCCCCUGCGGCUCACUCUGCUAGCCUGUCCCCCACUCUUGGUUUUGUGGCUGUUGCUCCUGGCUCCCAAGUGCACUGAUCUCAGCCCAGAGCCCCCUCCAGCAGCCUCUGACCUCCAUCCUUUCCCUAAUGAGGGGGUGGUGUCCGAGCCUGGCAUCCUGUGGCGCUCGCCGUGCUGCCGCUGGAGUCCUGCAGACCAUGGGAUUCCUGCCCAAGCCCCUGUCUCAGCUCCAACUCCCACUAAUGCCCCCUUCCAGGGGUGCAGCCCGGGACGCCCCCCCCCGAAAGCAGCUGCCUUGAUCACUGGCACUACCGGAGAUUGUCACCUGGCCGGUGACGCCACAGAAGACUGCGUUCCGGCCCAUAGGAACGCUGCUCCUAAAUCCCCUGGGCAAUUUGCCUGAGCCUGUGCCGCCCGCUCACAGGUGAGGAGGAACAUUUUGGGGGUUGUUAUCCAAACCCCCCUACUGGGGAAGGGAUCAACCCUUGGCUCAGUGCCACGGAGGUGGGGACAGCAGCCCAACCCUGUCUGGGCACUAGGCCGUGUUCGGUGCAGGUGGGAGCCGGCCCUCUCUUCACAUUCCCACGUUGGACCAUUCCGGCUGUUCUGCCGUGGUAUGUUUUGUUACCAAUGCUCAGUUUGCAGCUGGGAUGAUUCAGAGCUGCCACAGAAAUGGGGAGCCCCCAAUGAACUGGGGGUUUGGCUCCCCCAAUACCAGGCAGCUCUGCCCCUCGCAACCCUGCUGCAUUUUAUCAUAGGGCCACUACACCGCUGCGUUCUGUCAGCUGCGCACAUUGCUAACAAUACAACAAUGACAGAACAAGAGA